GUCUUUUCUUCACUUCAGAAAGUGCAUUGAAGGUGCAAGUUUUCCUUGAAGUCCGUCGGCUUUCAGCAAAGGCAAUGGAGCUUUACUUGGAUCUCUUCUCACAGCCGUGCCGAUCAGUGUAUAUCUUUGCCAAGAAGAACAACAUUCAGUUUGAUUUUAAAAAGAUUUCAUUGUUGGAAGGGGAGCAAUAUGGUGAAGAUUUUGGGAAAAUUAAUCUGUUGAGGAAAGCACCUGCAAUGAAGGAUGGAGACUUCUGCUUGGCCGAGAGCAUUGCCAUUAUGAUAUACAUGGCUGAGAAGUUCCACACCCCAGACCACUGGUUCCCAGCUGAUUUGCAAAAACGUGCUCGUGUGAAUGAAUAUCUGUCCUGGCAGCACAUGGGUAUACGUAUGCAUGGCUCCAAGAUAUUCUGGCUCAAACUCUUGAUCCCAAAAAUCAUUGGGACAGAGGUUCCUAAAGAGAAGAUGGAUGAUGCAAUGGAGGACCUGAACAACUCGGUUAAGCUCAUCGAGGAGAAGUUUCUACAGGACAAACCUUUCAUCGCUGGAGAUCAGAUUUCACUGGCUGAUCUUGUUGCUAUUGUAGAGAUCAUGCAGCCUGUGGCUGCCGGUGUAGAUGUCUUUGAGGGGAGACCAAAGCUGAAUGCUUGGAAGGAGAGAGUGCAGAAUGCCAUUGGCAAAGACCUGUUUGAUGAGGCACACCAGCACAUACUGUCUGCCCAGGAAAUGGUGAAAACCAUGGAUGGCAGCAAGAUGCAGGUCUUCAAACCCAAAAUUUUGAGGAUGUUCUUCUGAGAUCCUGCUGAUUUUGUCCAAAAGUAUAUGAUGAUUGUGAUCAAAUGGUUCUUUGUUAGCAUUUAUCCUCUAUUGAGUAUUGUAACAUUGCGCAUCACAUGUCUUUGCAUGGCAUCUCAUAUCAUAUUAAGACUGAUAUCAUACUGUCAAACUGUCAUAUGCAUCUUGCAGUGUAGAACUUUAUGGUCUCAAUUUAAAUAAUCUGUUCAAAAAGACUAAUAAAAUGUUUCUCUGUUCUCACUUUAUACCCUUUACCAUUAAUAUAAUUAAUUAACUUCAGUACACUCAUUAUAUUAAUAAAAUUGUAUGAAUAAUUUACCCCUGAAAAGUUACUCUAAUGGAUUUCAUAAUAUUCUAUAUGUUUUUAGCACUGAGAAUGGUAAAUACUGAGGCAAGUGAAUGGGCCAAAGCUCAGUUUUGCAUUGUUGCAGAAUUCUGUCCUACAUUCCAGGGAAUGAGUUGUGAAACAUGAUUUCCUGUCUAUUCCCCAGUGAUAUGCAAUCUGAUUUUAAGUUGUUUCCUAUAGACUAGCGUGCAAUCCAGUGAACAUCCAACUGGAAUAUUUGUUAUUUCCCUUUGGCAGAUGAGGAAUGUACAUCUGCCCCUCCCCUCACGCCAAACAAGUGAAUGCACGCACACACACUUUUGCUGAGUCACUUUUAACAAUGUGAACAGUUUAAGUGACCUUAAAACAGCAUUUCCCAAUCCUAGACUGGUUUUCCAGUUCUGCACAUUUUCGGUCUCUAUCCUACUCCAAUACACCUGCUUGACCUAAUUUACUGGCUUGAUGAUUAGCUCAGGAGUUGAUACCAGGGUGUUAGAAUGGAGAGUGAUUUGAGUGUAGUGCUAUGUGGCUCGAGGUGAAGGAUUGGGGAGACACUGAGACACAAGAUGGUGUAUACAGUUUGACAAAAGUUCUCUCACUACAUAUCAAGUACAAAAACUGUUACAGACUUCCAUAAUGACUUCAAGGGAGAAAUGGUUCCUUUGUUUCUCCCUCUUUGUUUGCAAUGCAGUCUGUUCUCCUGAUGGGAUAUAUUUUACCAGAACACUCUGCGUUUGGGUUUCAUUUCCCUAGACAAUGCACAUGUGUAUGAAUAAAUGCUGGUUUCACAA